CCUUCGCGCCGUUUCCUCCUUUUGGCCACCGCCGUCCUCCUGGUCCAUCUCGGUUUGGCCAGGAACCUCCCCAGGGCCACAGCAGUCGCAGAAACCUUCCAGUGCCUUAACCACUCCCAAACCCUGCUGAGCGCGGUGAGAAGCGCACUUCAAAGGGCCCAACAAACCCUAGAAUUUUACUCUUGUACUCCUGAAGAGAUUGAUUAUGAAGAUAUCACAAAAGACAAAACCAGCACAGUGAAGGCCUGUGUGCCACUGGAACUAGUCAAGAACGAGAGCUGCCUGGCUUCUGGACAUGCUUCUUUCAUAACUAAUGGGAGCUGCCUUGCUUCCAGAAAGACCUCUUUUAUGAUGAUCCCGUGCCUUAACAGUAUCUAUGAGGACUUGAAGCUGUACCAAGUGGAGUUCCAGGCCAUGAAUGCAAAACUUUUGUUGGAUCCUACCAGGCAGAUCUUUGUAGACCAAAACAUGCUCUCAGCUAUUGAUGAGUUGAUGCAGGCCCUGAAUGCCAGCAGUGAGCCUGUACCACAAGAACCUUCCCUUGAAGAACCAGACUUUUAUCAAGCUAAAGUCAAGUUCUGCAUACUUCUUCAUGCCUUCAGAAUUCGCGCAGUGACUAUCGACAGAAUGAUGAGUUAUCUGAGUUCUUCCUAAAAGGCUGAGGGCCUUCCCAGCAUCAGGAUCACUUUUAUAAAAUUCGACCCAAGGAAAUUUUAAUAAGCUGGGGGUUAGGAACUGGGGAGGCAGAGAGAGACUUGGUCAUACUUACACUCCUACAAGAAACCUCUUGCUUCUGUUAUAUCAGUGCAUCCCCAUUUGAAAGGUGGUGGCACUACGUCCACACAAUGCCUUUAAUCAAGUGACUUUCACAUUUAUGCUUUGACAUUUAUUAUUAAUAAGUAUUUUUUAAGUUUCUAUGAGCAUAUUUCUAGCAAGGGAAA